AUGUCGCUCGCUGCCCCACUCGUGUGUCGUCGUACCGACGCGAACUUUGACGCUGCGCUCUUAGCACUCGCCCAGAGCCGCCACACGAUCUACGAGCACACGCACAUGGCCGGCGAACAUUGCCGCGCACAUCGUAUGCUGCGCGUUUAUCAGUAUGACCCGUUGCCCGACGCGCUCGAAGCUUUGUAUGCCCGCACGCUGUCCAAGCGCUUUUGCACUGUACCAGUAGCCGAUGCAGCAGCAGCAGCCGUAGCAGUCGAUGCUGUCAAUGGGUUUGAGACGCUGCGGCUCGUCCUGCACAGUUCGCGCUCGAUCGAUGGCCAGAGGCGGCUCUCGGGCGAGAACCGCAGAGCCCAUUGUAUGCUGCCCACGGACGUCCGUGUGGAGCAGUUGGACUGUGGCUCGGACACGUUGGACGCGUGUUACGUGAACGCGCUGACCAAUUACUUUGUGACCAGAAGCGCGAGUCGCUUGUGA